AUGGAAAUGCAAAUUAUUGAACAAUAUGAAGAUGUUCGAAGGGGGAAUUCAUAUCAGAAGUUAUUUGAUGCAAUCAAAACAAGCCAAAAAGCAACUUGUUCCUUUGAAUUAUCUAUAAAAUUUUCAUUAGAUUCAGAUAUUCAAACAAUUUCACUGAGUCCUACCGGAGAAUUCCUUGCAGCAGGCACAGUUGAUGGUAAAUUAGCUAUGUGGGAUAUGACAAAAAGAUCAGAAACUCCGUUAUUUAUAACAACUGUUGACACAGCAGAGAUAGUAUCAAUUCAAUUCAUUACAAAUACAAAAUUAGUCGUAGGGGGCACAUCUAGUGAUGUUCAUAUCAUUGAUUUACAAAAAGAAAAAAUGACACAAAGAACAAUUCGAAAACAGCACACAAGAGCUAUUCACGCAUCUUCUAAAGUUGAUGACAAUGCGUUUCUCACUUGUAGUUUCGAUAAAACCGUUCGAAUUUUUGAUGAUAGAUUAGAAUACAAUAAUUCAGUGACAAUUCCUCAUAAAUACGAAAAAACACCAUUCAUACGAGUGUCACCAUACGGUAAACUCCGUCCAUUGAAGUAUGGCGGUGGUCCAGACUGCUUUUUCCGAGGAAGUUCCGAUGAAUCUUUGUUACUUGAUGUUUCUAGCUACAAAAAUGGAGAAUGCUACUCGUUAUCAGCUCUCCCAGGCAUGCCAUACAGUUAUGCCGUAGGAACAGGCAUGACAGAGGCCAGAGUUUUCGAUUUAAGAGCUCCAAAUCAUAAAUACGAAGAAUUAAUGGGUCUUUCACCGAUUUUCAAUUACCAGUUCCAUUAUCCGACAAUAGGAGUCACAACCGAUGACUAUGGAGAAGUCAUUGCAUUGUCAAUUCGUUCAGGACGUGUUCACGCGUACAAUGCAAUGGAUUUGGAUGUAAUUCCGAUCACAACUAACGAAGAAGGAGAAACACGAAGAGGCCCAAACUUAAAUAUUGAUCCCAAUGACUUUUUGAACCCAAAUGAUGGCUCAUUAAAUUAUAAUGAUAUUAAUUCUUAUGUUGCAAGGAACCAAACGGUUUUUCUGAUGCAGAUAAGGGAAUUUGAGAAUAUAAGGAGACCAGUUAUGGAGUAUUCUUUGCAUUCCAACACGAAAUCUCUUUUUAAUUCAGCAAAAUUCUUCGGAAAAUGCAUUAUAGCAGGGUCAGACACUGGAUCAAUCAUUGUAUACGAUCCAGAUAGUACAGAUAUCAUUUCAAUUCUUCAUCCUUGCGAUGAUCCGAUAACAUGUAUCUGUAAUACUCCACAGACACUCGGUUUUGCCGCAUGUUCUACGAAUAACAUUUAUUAUUAUGAAAUUUGCAGGCCAUGUGAAGUAGAUUUAGAGCAACAAAAGUCCUAUAUUAAUGAUCUCAUUCAGAUUGAGACAUCAAUGAGAUCUGGAACUCUCUUUGAAGUUCUACAGAGAAUUCUUGCAUUCAACCAAUAA